AUGAUUACUGCCCUCUUGACACACAUUCUUAGCCCUUUGGCCUACAUUGUACCAGUACUCCUUGCAGUAGCAUUCCUAACCCUUGUUGAACGAAAGGUGUUAGGAUAUAUACAACUCCGCAAAGGCCCUAAUAUUGUAGGGCCUUAUGGUCUCCUUCAACCAAUUGCUGAUGGGUUAAAACUGUUCAUUAAAGAACCAGUACGCCCUUCCACAGCAUCACCCAUCCUUUUCCUUUUAGCCCCCAUGCUUGCACUCACCCUCGCACUCACACUAUGAGCCCCCCUUCCUAUGCCCUACCCUGUAAUCAACAUCAACCUAAGCAUCCUAUUUAUCCUCGCAUUAUCAAGUCUUGCAGUCUACUCCAUCCUUGGCUCAGGUUGAGCAUCUAACUCAAAAUAUGCUUUAAUUGGGGCCCUUCGGGCCGUAGCCCAAACUAUCUCAUAUGAAGUAAGCCUGGGGCUAAUUCUGCUUGCAUCCAUCCUUUUCACCGGGGAUUUUACCCUUCAAGCAUUUGGAGUCACACAAGAAGCUAUAUGGCUGGUCUUCCCUGCAUGACCUUUAGCAGUAAUGUGGUACACCUCUACCCUCGCAGAAACCAACCGUGCACCCUUUGAUCUCACAGAGGGGGAGUCCGAGUUAGUAUCCGGCUUCAAUGUAGAAUAUGCAGGAGGGCCUUUCGCCCUGUUUUUCCUUGCAGAAUACGCUAAUAUUUUAUUAAUGAAUACACUCUCAGCCACCCUUUUCCUAGGUGCAUCCCACAUCCCUACCCUUCCAGAACUAACCACUACCAACCUAAUAAUCAAAGCAACACUCCUAUCUGUUCUCUUCCUGUGAGUUCGGGCCUCCUACCCGCGAUUCCGUUACGACCAGCUAAUACAUCUUAUUUGAAAAAAUUUCCUCCCUCUUACACUAGCCCUAGUAAUCUGACAUUUAUCUCUACCAAUUGCACUUGUAGGACUCCCACCCCAAAUUUAA